AUGUCCCGCUUCCUCGCCUCCACCUCCGUCACCGCGGGCACGCUGAGCCACGAGAAGCUACGGAAGAGCCCCUUUUUCGCUGAGUGCGACGAUGCCUUCCUGACCACGCUUAUCAAGCAUCUUGUGGUUGAGCUGUUUACGACCAACGACGUUAUCAUCGAAGAGGGCGAGCAUGCCGAGAAGAUGUACUACCUCAUGCUUGGCGAAGUGGAGAUUCUCGUGGGCCAUGAGCGAGUUCGGGUAGCCAAGCUUCAGGAGGGCACGGUCUUUGGCGAAAUGGCGCUGUUCAGCCAUCUCUCGAACGGCUUCGCGCGACGGAGUGCGACGAUCCGUGCGCUGAACUUCUGCGACACCCGUGUCAUCAACAAGGACCGCUUCCACGCGAUCCUGAAGCAGCGCCUCGGAACCAGGCAAAACCUCAGUGCGAGGUUGUUCUGGGGCAGAAUGGGCUACGUCGGACCUGAAGACUGUUCCACAGUUUUCACGGCCAUGAAGAAGGCCCUUGACAGUCCGGUAGCCCCAUCACGGCGCCCUGGGUCCUCUUUCUGCCCCGGUGUCGUGGAAUCACUGAAGCUGUGUGUGAGUGCGCGGGAGCUCGAAAUCCAGGCCGCCCAGGCCUGCCUCCAGGCCUGGCCCGUGCACAUCCAAGGCCUAGGAACAAGGCACAUAGUUGCCGGGUGUUGGUGUGCGCGUGCAAGCCAUGUAGUGACAGUGGUCGCCACAGCCAACUCCUUUGCAGCCAGGUUUCGAACAGGGCUCGCGCGGACGCUGCUUAGCAACUGGCCAUGGUUGCUCGACUCCUGCCUCUUCGGUGGUUACACCAGUGCAUUUGGCUUUGUGCAGGGAUAUGGGGUGCGCUUCCAAUGCCUGCUAGAAGAGACCGGUGGAGAAAUUGGAGGGGUGCGGGAGCGCGAGCACACACGCUGGUUCGCUCGUGCCAUCUGCAGUUAA